AUGAAGCUCUCCAAUCAGUCGGAGGUCCCCGUCUACACGAUCUCCGGUUCCAAUACUGCUCGCGAGCUCCCAGAAUGGCUUGCGAGAAGAAGAAAGCGCAGUUUGAAGAAUGAUCCGGAAUGGGCAAACCGAGUAGAACUCUUGCAGGACUUUGGGUUUGAGGAAGCCAGUCGUUGCAUUCGGGUCAGCGAAGAUGGAGACUGGGUCAUGAGCACAGGAACAUACAAGCCACAGAUGCAUGUACACUCUUUGCAAGCUCUGUCUUUGAGUUACGCGCGCCACACGGAUGUCGAAAACACCACCUUCCUCCUACUCUCCUCGGACUACUCCAAGUCUCUCCACCUCCAGUCCGACCGUUCCCUCGAAUUCCACACCCCCUCGGGAAUGCACCACAAGACGAGAUUGCCCCGAUAUGGACGUGACCUGGUAUACGAUAGACAAUCGACCGAAGCGUUGGUGCCUUCGGUCGGUGUCAACAGCGACGGGAUGGGAGAAGUGUUCCGAUUGAACCUUGAAAUGGGCAGAUACAUGCGGAGUUUCGAAAUCGAUGUGGGCGGCGAUGACUUUACUUCUGCGGGUGGAGGUACGCUACAGGGUGGAAUCAAUACGGGCGCCGUCAACGUGGGAGCCAUCGCCGAGGAGAGCCACAACCUUCUGGCAUUCGGCGCGAGCAAUGGCAAUGUCGAGUUCUUCGACCCUAGGAUGAGAAGCAGAAUCGGCACUCUGCUAUCGCCCACACAACCUCGUCCAGACGAAAGCAGAAAUGAAAUCACAGCCCUGGAGUUUCACAGAUCUGGAUUGACGCUUGCUACUGGUUCUUCGAACGGUCUCAUUCAUCUUUAUGAUCUACGGAUGUCAUCUCCCUACUUGAAGAAGGAUCAGGGCUAUGGGUUCCCAAUCCACACGCUCAAGUUUCUGCAGCCGUCAACUGCCAGCCGCGAACAGACCCUGGAACCAAAGAUUCUCUCCGCCGAUAAGAAGAUCAUCAAGCUCUGGGAUCCGCGGGAUGGAAGCGCAUGGACGUCGGUUGAGCCUGCAGUCGACAUCAACUCGGUCGCCUGGUGCAAAGAUAGUGGAAUGAUAUUGACGGCUAAUGAAGGCCGCCAGCAGCAUGCGUUCCAUAUUCCCCAGCUUGGGGCAGCACCUAGAUGGUGUUCUUUCCUUGACUCGCUUGUUGAAGAGAUGGCCGAGGAUCCUAACGACCCCAACGCAUUCAACCCCAGUCAGGCGGGCUCUGUUUACGACAACUACAAGUUCCUCACGGUUCCUCAACUUCGCACUCUCAAUUUGGAACAUCUCAUCGGUCGAACCAGCCUUCUACGGCCGUACAUGCACGGUUAUUUUGUGGCGCAGCAGCUGUACGAAGAGGCCAGGCUCAUCACCAACCCUUACAUGUGGGAAGAAGAGCGUGCCAAGCGUGUUAAGGAGAAGAUCGAAAAGGAGCGCGAGAGCCGCAUCCGUGGCAAGAAGAAGGCCGCCGUCAAGGUCAACAAGAAGCUUGCCGACAAGCUGCUCAGCAUCGAGGAGAAGAACGAGCGCAAGCGGGCGCAGCGCGUCCUCAAGAAGGGUGGCGAUGACGACAUGGUUGACGCUCCCGCACCUGCCACCGAGGAACCCGGCAAAAACAUCAUGGGCGAUUCUCGUUUCGCCAAACUCUUCGAGGACGAGGACUUCGCCAUCGAUGAGACAUCGCGUGAAUUCCAGCUUCUCAACCCCAGCACUGUGCCCGAGGCUCCCAAGCGUACCAAGGAAAGAGGCCUCACAGCUGUCGAGCAGGAGAUGGUCGACGACGUCCCCGGCUCCAGCUCCGACGGCUCUGACUCCGAGAGUGAAGGCGAGCGAUACACUAAGCCAGCCGCCUCCAACAAGAUCUCCACCGCCUCCUACCGACGCAACAAACAGGGCCGCAACCAGCAACAACCCCGCAUGGAGAUCUCUUCAUCCGCGAACGUCAGCUCGACCCGUGACCGUUCCUUCGGCUCGCGCGCCCAGAACAUGCGCACCAAGGAGAAACCCUCGCGCCGGGGCGGUGUCGUUGGGGAGCGCGAAGUCACCUUCACGCCUGGCGCUGGCAAGCAAGCCAACUCCCAGAGGAGCUUCAACCGACCGGAGCAAUCCACAUCGCACAGCUUCCGGGCCAAGGAGCGCCGCAGCGCCUCCGGUAACACCUUCCGCAAGAUGUAA